CUCUGGUUUCGCUUUGUAUUUAUACCUUUCCGGUAGAACCACAUGUUUAGUAUUUAGGCGUAGACCACAGGGAAUAGUGUUAUAAAGCUAGAACAUUGCCAGUUCGGAACCAUGGAUGCCAAAUCAGCAAAGUCCAUUUUCGACUUCACCGCCACGGACAUCAACGGUAAUGACGUUGACCUGAGCAAGUACAAGGGAACCGUGUGCAUCGUUACUAAUUUUUCCAUCAAGGACUCCGCGUGUGAGAAAGUUUUCUCGAUGCUGAGCUCGCUUUACAGCAAGUUUCAAAACAGCACCAGAAAAGAUUUGAACAUUCUUCUAUUUCCGUGCUCACAGUUCGGUUCCAAGGAAUCGACGAACGAUAUUCUCGACUAUUUCGAGCACAAAUACGACCGCCCGGUUGGAGAUGUAUUUGCUGAGAUUGAUGUCAAUGGUUCGAAGAGCGUUGAGUUGUACAAAUUUAUGAAGAUGAAAAAACCGGGAAAUUGUGGAGGAUUCAUCAAUGGAAACUUUACGAUGUUCCUGACUGAUAGGAAUGGUGUUCCUGUGGAACGCUUUGCAUCGAAUGUACAUCCAUAUUUAUUAGAGGAGCUGAUUGAACAACAUUCUGGGUAGUUUUGUUUGAUUUAUCAUUGAAAGUUCUCAGAGAAUGAAGAUAAAAGUUUGCGAGAUUGAGCGUGUCUUGUGUAGAUAGAAGCAACAAUAGUAAAUGUUCUUUGAUAAGAAUUUAGCCAGCAUAAAACUACAUUUACUGCAAAGCUUUUAACUGUACAUUUUAAAAUUGUCUCAUUAAGUUUAUUACCUGUCGGUUAGAUUAAGUCAAUGGAGCUUUUCAUUGGUCAAAACCACAUGAUUGUUAUUAAGUUUUACAAAGUGAAAUAUGUGACAAAGACACACUAAAACAGAUUCUAGAUAAUAAAAACCGUUGUAAUGACUA